CUAGGCGUGUGCUGGCCAGGGCCGGGCGGGAUUUCCGCAAUAGCAAGUAAUAUGGCGAAGACCUACGAUUACUUGUUUAAACUGCUGCUGAUCGGGGAUUCGGGCGUUGGGAAGACCUGCGUGCUCUUCAGGUUCUCGGAAGAUGCCUUUAACUCGACAUUCAUCUCCACUAUAGGCAUCGACUUUAAGAUCAGAACCAUUGAGCUGGAUGGAAAAAAGAUCAAGUUACAGAUAUGGGACACAGCUGGUCAGGAGCGCUUCCGGACCAUCACAACGGCGUACUACAGAGGAGCCAUGGGAAUAAUGUUGGUGUACGACAUCACCAAUGAGAAGUCGUUUGACAACAUUAAGAACUGGAUAAGGAACAUAGAAGAGCAUGCCUCAGCCGAUGUGGAGAAGAUGGUCUUGGGAAACAAGUGUGACGUCAAUGACAAGCGUCAAGUCUCCAGAGAUCAGGGGGAUAAGCUGGCAUUGGAGUACGGCAUCAAAUUCAUGGAGACCAGCGCCAAGGCCAACAUCAAUGUGGAGAAUGCAUUCCUGACUCUGGCCAGAGACAUCAAGGUGAAAAUGGACAAGAAGCUGCAGGGCAACAAUCUGGAAGGGAGCAGUCAAGGCAUGAAAAUCACAAGCGAGCAGCAGAAGAAAUCCAGCCUGUUUCGCUGUGUGCUGCUGUGACCCCCCCCCCACACCCCCCACCCCUAACCGGCGUGGGUGGAGGAGGUGCUGGGACUCUCAGGCUCUUACCUCCCUAACCUCCAUCCACGUCUCCUGUGGUAACAGAGCUUCUGCCUUUUUUGUGUUGAGUACUGGGUAUUCAGCAGGAGAGGACCAUCUUGGAACCCAUAGCUGGUGUCUGCGGUUCCCACCCCCCCCCAAUCUUCACCUCUCCUCCAUGCUGCACUCUAGCUUCAGCUUGGAUGUGAAGGUGCCAAAGUUUCCCAUAUUUUCACCCAGGAUUCGCACCCCACCCAAAAAAAUAAGCGGGAAUGCGCACCCCCACCUGCCGUAUUCCUGUACCUCAAAGGUAUCACCCCCCCAGCAUCAAGAAUACUGAUCCUGUGCCGUUUUGUGUCCUAUCUCACGUAAUCUUGUGUUGAAGGCUUAAUUACUUAAAAGAGGGAAUUUUAUUACAGAAUGUCACGAUGACAGCUCUUAGUUUCAUCCCUCUCUUUUAGACUAACCAUUCCCCACCCUUCCACGCCGUUAUUCCAUCAGACGGGCAGAGACAUCCCCUCCUGUCAGAUCCUGCCUUUCUGCCCUGAGUAGAAGCUUCCGGAACCACAUUCCCAUGAGUAAGCAAGGGUGAUCUGUGGUGGAUUUCCCUGCCGCAGCUUCUUCUUUCACGUUCGCUGUGGUGGAGCGUGCCGUGUGCUUUGCUGGCCUUGCGCAGAGUGUGGGGCGUGCCCUGAGGCUGCCCUUUAAAGCCAGCCGCCUUCCCCCACCCCCCUGGGACCUGAUACCCUGUUACCGUGGCCUUUCACGUCAUAAGUUAACCGACAUUCCAGAUUCUACCUCAGAGUAGCUGUCUGCUCAGUACACAAAGGUCUAAUCCUUUAACCGAACCCCGCGCUCGCGGCUGUUUCAGGACAGCGCACCUUAUGACAUUCUGACCGUCUGCGUCUGCCACAGUAUGCUGGCUUGCGCUCGUAUUUUUAAAAAGCCGUGUCCUCAUUUUGAACUGGUCUCCGGUUUCGAUGGGGGCGUCUUUUUCAAUUUUGUAUAUUGGUUAAACGAUAAAAUCCAGUUUUUGAAUGAAAAAGAAUUCAACACGGAAUUGGCUGAAAUAAGAGAAGCCCAGACGUGUGAAAUGUAAAGAAGAUCAUUUUGGAAGUAUAUUCUGCAAAUUGGGCUGCCGGUUCUUACUCAGCUUCUAGGGGGCCGGCUAGUAAUGCUGCUGGGGUCAGAGUGACCCUGUUGGUUACGGCAACGUUGCAUUUUCUCUAGGUGAGUGAUUUAGACACUCUAUUAGCCCUCUGUUUAAUAAACAGGCGUAUCAGUGGUGGGUGCAUCCGUUUUAUAUCAUAUCCUGUUUAUUUGCAAGAGAUUCGGCAGAUUGCUUAAUGAGGGUGUCAGAUUUUUGAUGAGCUGUUUUAUUGCCCGCCUUGUGCAGUACUUUGGCUUGAGGAGGAGCAUCAUGGUUGUUCCCGGCCCCGCCUCUCGAUCUGGCCCCGCCCCUCGAUCUGGCCCCGAUUUGACCCCCUGCUUUUUUGGAACUAUGCAUCCUUAUAUUUGAGGUCUGUACAUUUUUGUACAUAUAUAAAUAAACAGGUAGACUCAGAGUGUUUUGUUGAAAGAGGGGAUUACAUAUCAUGUUAGCAUUCCCAUGCUGCGGCUGAUCUUAUUCCGAGAUUCUUCACUGCCUCCCAAAAGGUUUCCCGUCGAACAUUCCCACCUACAGAUCGGUAGGAGACGCACGCUGACCUCCAUCUUGGUUUCCCUUUGUUCAUAUUCACGUCCCGGCACAUUUCAAGCUGAAUGUCGUGCUUCGGUGUUGCUGAGUCAUUGCCAAAGAUCUCCAUCUGCUGUGAGGAGUCUUUACUGUGGUGAUGCUGUGAUGGACGGUGGUGCAGGUCGCCUCCUCUGGAUGCCUGAGCUCUUCAGACUAGCCUCGGCCCCAGCUUCUGUGCCCUUUGGUCUUCCCAGGGAUGCCCUAUUCACUCUUUAACUGCUCCGACACCCUGCCUACUAUGUUCUUCCUCAAUUGCCCCCCCCCCCCCACCCAAUCAUAUCACUUGGCGCGAUCCGAUUUUCUCGAUACUGCGUUCCGGAGGCCGAAUCUGCCUUGUUUCCAAAUAAAUUGUAAAUAAUAUUGGCCAGUGAAAUGGAAAAUGACCAGUUGUCGUACUGUACCUUGUAGAAUUGUAUUGUAAUGCUCUACGGCUGUGUAGAUGCGGACUUUUGACGAUUUAUUAAACUCUUUUAAAGCAG